AUGAUACAAACCGAAAGAAUGAAACAAGUAUUAGAAAAUCGACAAAAUAUUAAACCCAUAAUUGAAGCCAUAAUGUUGUGUGGGCGUCAAAAUAUGCCUUUAAGAGGACACCGUGACUGGGGACGUAUACAUGUUGAUGAUACUCUAAAAAAUAAUCAAGGCAAUUUUCGUGAAAUUAUUCGUUAUCGAGCACAGGGAGACGAUGUAUUAAGGACAGUUCUAGACAGUGAAAAAACAAUAAAAUACCUAAGUAACACAAGCCAAAACGCUAUCAUAGAUUCUUGCAACUCAGUUUUACUCAGUAAAAUUGUAGCAUCGGUAAAUAAGGCAAAAUGUUUCGCAGUACUUGCUGACGAGACAUCUGAUAUUUCCGGAGUAGAACAAGUUUCUUUAUGCGUCAGAUAUGUUGACUUGGACAAAUUAGAACUCCAUGAAGAUUUUCUACAAUUUAUUCCAACAAAUGAUACUACGGGAAAAGGACAAGCAAAUUUAAUUUUAGAAAAUCUUAGUACGUUUGGUGUAGAGCUAAAAUAUCUUCGUGGCCAAGGAUAUGAUGGCGCAGCAGCAAUGUCGGGAAGAUAUAAAGGUGUACAAGCGCACAUAAAAAAAUUGUAUCCUUCUGCCAUAUAUGUACACUGUUCUGCCCACUUAUUAAAUCUUGUCGUAUCUAAAUCAUGUUCUCUCCAACCUAUAAGAAAUUGUCUUGGGGUAAUAAGUAAAACGCGGGAUUUUUUUGUGUAUCCAAAAAGAAAAUCAGUUCUCACACAAAAAAUUGAAAAUUCUCCAGACAAUCCCUCGAAAAAAACACUAAAGCGUUGUUGUGAAACUCGAUGGAUCGAAAGUUAUCACUCAGUUAAUGAUUUUUUAGAACUCUACGAUUUUGUUGUAGAGUCUUUAGAUGAUAUUUCAACGUGGGAAGACGUACGAUACAAGUGGAAAAUUUUAACAAAAAGAUUUGGAUUUGGAUUACCGUUAUCAAAACAGCUUCAAAAAAUUAAUAUAGAUUUAAGAUUAGCUGUAAAGUUAGCUCAUGAGACAUAUAAAGAAAUACAAGCGUAUAGAAAUGAUGCAGAAAACAAAUUUGAAAAAAUUUUUAAAGAAGCCUCUAAGAUUGCCGAUAACUUUCAAGUUGAAAUUAAGAUUCCAAGAACAUCAAGUAGACAGACACUAAGAGUUAAUAUAAAUACAACAUCAGCAGAGGAAUAUUAUCGUGUAUCUGUAUUUAUACCAUAUCUUGAAUCAUUCGCUAAUGAACUAAAAGAAAGAUUUAUUGACCACGAAACUACAUUAAACUCUUUUCAUUCAUUAUUUUCGAAAGAAGAAUUAGAUAAUGAUUUUAUGACAUUAGUCAAUAAUUACCAAGAUGAUCUGGAAAAUGGAAAACCUGCAAUUUUAUAG